CACCAACCUUUGCACCUUCACCUCCCUACCUCUUCUAAACACUGCACACCAGUUUCUCGAAAGAGCUGUACAUGCUUGCAUCCUGUUACCUUACGCAAUUCAAUAUACUCUUCACCCUGACUAUACAGAUCCUCUAAACAAAAGCCAAAAAUCACACCAUGGUCCGCCACAAGAAGGACAACUUCUCCCGCGGCGGCAAGAAAUUCUCCUCCGCCCCGCGCUCUCGUCCCCCUCCCCGCGGCGGCGGUGGUGGUGAUGGCGACAGUGACACCGAGCAGGGCGGUUACUCUCGUCCUCCCUUCAAGGCCGCCUGCUGGGACAUGGGCCACUGCGAUCCGAAGCGAUGUUCCGGCAAACGAUUGAUGAAUUUCGGCCUGAUGCGCGAGUUGGCGAUCGGCCAGCGCUUCCCCGGCGUCGUGAUUUCGCCCAACGCCAAAAAGGUCGUCUCCCCCGCUGACAAGGAUCUCAUGGAACAAUUCGGUGCCGCGGUGGUCGAAUGCUCUUGGGUGCGCACCAAGGAGGUCCCUUGGUCCAGAAUCGGUGGCAAGUGUGAACGUUUGCUCCCCUACCUCAUCGCCGCCAACACUGUCAACUACGGCAAGCCUUGGCGUCUGAACUGCGUCGAAGCUCUGGCGGCCUGUUUCUGUAUCUGCGGCCACGAAGACUGGGCGCGCGAAGUCCUCAAACCCUUCCGCUACGGGGAGGCCUUCAUGGAGAUCAACGCCAAGCUGUUCAAGCGCUACGCGGCCUGUGCCGAUGAGGAGGAGGUGAAGCGCGCCGAGGAGGAUUGGCUCGCCAAGAUCGAGAGGGAAUACGAGGAGAAUCGGGCCACGGGGGCGGACGACAUGUGGACCGUCGGAAACACGAACCGGAGGGCUGAGAGUGAUUCGGAGGAGGAGGAUGAGGACAAAGAUGAUGAAGAGGAGGAAGAGGAGGAGGAGGAGGAUAAGGACCCGUUCGCCAUCUCGGAUGAUUCGGAGGAGGAAGAGCAGAUGGCUGCGAUCAGAGCGAAGAUCUUGAACUCCAAGGCGUUCCAGAAUCCCGAGGUCGAGGAGAAGGCGAAGCCCGAGCGGAUCGCGAGGCCUGAAGAAGAGACGGUUCCACAGCAGUUGAAAGAGGACUCGGAUGCGGAGUCGGGGUCGGCGGAAGGCGGCAGUGAUGAUGAAGAGGAUGCUUUCGAUAAUAUCAUCAAUGCCACCCCCGUCACGGAUCGCACUGGCAUUAUCGCGGCUCAGAAGAAGAAGCAGAGAGAGACGGUCAGUGCCUCGUUUUCGAGGACGGUGGUCGAUGCGCCCAAAAGGUGGUAGUGGUAGUCCGUCUUGGGGCACACUUGCACUCAGACAAAACUAACGAGAUAUCAUGGAACUAUAAUGAAACACUCAUGAAGUUUAUACAGUUGGCAUACGUGUGUAUCCUGUGCCAUUGCAGAUAGGGUAUGCUUAAGAACAACAGACCAUUCUGACCA